AUGGUGUCGAAGUAUUUCACACAGAGAGAGUUCGAGAAAGCAUUUACGGCGUACGACAAGGUGACCGUCAAGAUUCAAUCUAAAUUGGAAAAAUUUGAAGGUCCUGGUCCUCAAUUGGGUCCUAUAACAUUCCCUGAAAAUGUAACUGUACGGUCCAGCGAAGGAGAUACGAAAUUGAAACUGAAACCAAUAGACGUCCCGAAAUUCUUUGGAGAUUACAAGAAGUGGAUUUCAUUCAGAAACAUGUUUGAUUCGAUGGUCCACAAGAAUGAGAAGUUCAGCGGUCUCGAGAAAAUGCACUAUUUGAAGACGUGUCUAGGAGGAGAAGCUGAAGAUAUUUUAUCGCAAUUCGACAUCACGGAGGAGGCAUAUCCAGAAGCCUACAAGGUGAUAACGAGCCGUUACCAUAAUGAGGUGAUAUUGGUGGAUACACACAUAAUGGAUUUGUUAUCGCAACCGAAGCUGAUGUCAGAGUCAAGUGAUGCUAUUAAAUUGGUUGAAAAUCGAUGUAUCAACGUGGGAUCCCAUUUUACUGCUGCUAUUGGUUCAAAAAUUAGAUAG